GUAAAUUUUACCUGCCUCAAAGCGCUAAUAUAAGCGAGUGCAAUUCACUUUAUUAAUAUAAUUAUUCGCUUCGCUCUUUCCGCUUUUCCAUCUGCAAUAUAUUAGAUUGCAAGCCAGCUCGUCCUGAAUCACUUGUGGGCUAUCAUCUAAACUGAUCGUUGAACUUCGCUUCGCUCAACAAAAUCAAUGCAGCCCUUCGACAGCCUUCGGCCAGACCCCCACCAAAUGUCUCUGACAAAGGGGAGCAUGAUUGAUUGGGUGAAAACAGUCUUCGAUACAGGCCACAACCACUGCGAGAGACAAUGGUUUGAUAAAGCCGCGCACGUUUUAACAAUCGAUCAUCCUUCCCAUACUUGUUGCGGCCUUGCCCCUGAAUUCGCAGUGGGAUUGAGUCACUAUUGGGCUGGUUUUGUUGCCAAUAUGCAAUAUUCAUUGGAAGCAAAGGGCUUUGCGAAAGAGGAAAUCCUUGAUUUGAUUGCAGCUCAGGAGGAGGUUCAAUCCGACAGUGCAAGGAAUUGCGCUGCGCUAGCAUAUCAGCACCCUGAAAUUAUGUGCUCCAAGAUAUUCGAGAGCAUUAGUUGUACGAGCGCGAGCGCAAUUCUAGCCGCUGCUAAGUCUUUAAUGCUCGCUAAUCAAAUCCCGACUGAGAGCUCGAUAAUGAAAGAGGUUGCUCAUUGUGCUGCAAGGUAUGAAGCAAUUGAAAUCGCAAAAACAGAUUUCGAUUAAUGAGGGAUUGCUGAAUUAUUUAUUUGCGGAAUUAACCAGCCGUCGCCUCAUGCAUGGAAAAUGGGUAGACACACGUUUAGCCCCUUCGCCAACCUCGAACCCGGUUGCAAAGCGCUCUUUCUUAAAAUCGCUAUUGAGAUUUAAUAUUAAUUGCAAGGACUCUCAUUUACUUAAUCUGAAAGUUGCACUUCUAAAUGAUUGCAAUAAAAUCGUUGAUUUCCAAUGCGAAUUUUACAUCUGAAGUGAAACCCCAGGUGGUAUCAAGUAUCAUGUAAUCAUUUGAAGUGCAAUAUUCCUAUAGAUAAUAACCGAGGCAUUGCAAUCGCGCAUUUUAAUUGGGCGCAAUAUCUCGCUUAAUUCUAAAAUUUUAAAUCAAAAACCUCA